AUGGAAGGUUGUUGUCCUGGACAUGCAGCUUGCACUAGCCUGGCGGACCUGCAGUCGUGUCUGGUCCAGUUCAAGACAGAGCUCCUGCAAUUCCGGGAGCUGCGACUUAGACGACAGAGCAGCUUCCGGAAUUUCUUGGAAGAGGCAGCCGUCGUCGCCGCAGACAAGCCUGUUGCGCCUCCUUUAGAGCAGAUCGACGCUAUCUCAGCUGAGCUGACGGCAAGCGCAGGUCCGCUCGAAGCACGAAGACAGGAGGACGAGGACUCCGACUUGGAGACAGAUCCUGGCAUGCCGGAGCUACAGCCCGUAACGCCACGCGAAAUCGCCGAGGUCCCAUCGUCGCAGCCGGCGUGUGGUGACUUCUCGCCAGUCUCUCCUGGCGGCGAUGACAGCCCGGAUAGGCUCGGGGACUCCAGUGGCGACUUCAACAAAUGUUGGGGAAGGAGCGCCUUGAAAGAUGCAUUGAAAGGUAUGAGCUCAUUGCGCGAUGCCUAA